AGGCAACGCGGCUCGUUGUUCUUAGUUUCACGAUACGCUUUUGCUUCGAAAAUCUGAUAGGAUUUUCUUGGUUUAAAAGUCUAUAAGACUAUUCCCUAAUAUGUAUAUGGAAUUUAGGUGUAGCGAGAAUAUCGCUUUCCCAAAAUCCUCUGCGUCGGCACGUUUGCGUCGCUAACAUGGCGUCUCGCACGCGCACGCUGCCCAAGUAGAAGCACGGCAGAGGCUCGUGCGGAGGGGUUGUGCUAUAGCGCGAAGAGGAGUCCGGCUCGCGGCGAGUCACGUGACGAUGGAGAACAUGGCAGAAGUAGGAGAUGGCACCACGAAACGGGCCUCCUCAGGUGAAAAUGUUCGAGAGUCGCGUCCUGGACACGCGACAGUGGAUGAGGCCGAGGGGGGGGCUGGUUCUGAACCCCUGUCAGAUGGACAGGGACAGGAAGAGGGCAGUUCGCACCCCGAUGUGUACCGCUAUAUCAAAGGGGACCUGUUUACCUCCGAGAUCUUCAAAGUGGAGAUCCAAAACCUACCCAAGUUCAUAGGCUUCAAUGACCUGAAGAAGUUCCUCAACAAACAUGGGCUGAACCCACACAAGAUCAAGCUGUUUGGGAGGCAAACAUUUGCCUUUGUCACCUUUAAAAGCCAGGAGGAAAGGGACAAGGCCAUGAAGGCCGUGCAUGGCAUGAUGUGGAAGGGCCGCGUGCUCAGCGUGCGCCUGGCCAAGCCCAAAGCUGACCCCAUCCUCAAGAAGAGGAAGCAGCAGGAGGAGGAUGAGGAGGAGGAGGAGCAGCAGGCCACCGGUGGCGGGCAGCCCGAGUCCAAGCGCCCUGCUGGCGCCUCCCGGGGACCUGAGGAAGAGGAGGUAGCGCUGAGCAGGCAGAUCGCCGAUGUGGUGACGCCGUUGUGGAGCGUGCCGUACGAGGAGCAGCUGAAGACGAAGGAGCGGGGGGUGCAGGCGGUCCUGCAGACGUUGGCUAGAGAAAUAGGCAACAACAACAAAGCUAUGUUACCAUGGUUGUUUGUCCAGAAAGAGAAGUAUAAUAAAAUGUGCUGUCCACUGGAGGGGAUCUCUCCAUCUCCCAUACAGACUGAAUACAGGAACAAAUGUGAGUUUCUCAUUGGGAUGGGAGCUAAUGGGGAGGACAAGACUGUAGGAUUCCGCCUGGGGAAGUACAAGGGUGGAUCCUGCGCUGUAGUGGGGCCCUCUGACACUAUCCAUGUGCCUGUAGAGACCAAGAGGGUGGUUCAACGCUUCCAGGAUUACAUCCGAACAACGCAGUACUCCGUUUAUAGUCCUGAGACAUACGAAGGUCACUGGAAGCAGUUGACUGUGCGGACCAGUCGGACCAGUCAGAUCAUGGCUAUGGUAUUCUUUCACCCACAGAAACUUCCAGAGGAUGAGCUAACAGCCCUGAAGAGCUCCCUGAGGCAGUACUUUAUGGAGGGAGCUGGGAAAGAGAGUGGAGUGACAUCCCUGUACUUUGUGAGAGAGGGCCAAAGGACAUCUCCAAAUGUUGAAGACCUUCCGUGUGAGCACGUAGCCGGAGAGAAAUGGAUUCAUGAGGAACUGCUUGGCCUGAAAUUCCGCAUCUCUCCACACUCCUUCUUCCAGAUCAACACGCUGGCUGCGGAGGUGCUCUACUCCUCCGUAGGAGAGUGGGCCCAGCUGGACAAGGACAGCACCGUGCUGGACGUGUGCUGUGGGACGGGAACUAUCGGCCUCUCCUUAGCUAAGAGGGUGAAGAAGGUGAUUGGCAUUGAGCUGUGCCAGGAAGCAGUGGAGGAUGCCAGAGUCAAUGCUCAAAUCAAUGGCCUCAGCAAUGUGGAGUUUCACUGUGGAAAAGCAGAAGAUAUAUUUCCCUCGGUGCUCAAUGCCAUUGUUUCCCCUAACCUGACAGCGAUUGUGGAUCCUCCCCGUGCAGGUCUACACUCUAAAGUGAUCCUCGCGAUCAGGAGAGCAGAGCACCUCAAGAGGCUCCUCUACGUGGCUUGCAACGCUAAGGCUGCCAUGAACAACUUUGUGGACCUUUGCAGGGCGCCUUCUAACCGCGUGCGUGGGGCACCCUUCCGGCCCGUGCGUGCCCUGGCCGUGGACCUCUUCCCCCAGACCCCGCACUGUGAGAUGCUCCUGCUGCUAGAGCGGGUGGACUACAGCUCCCAGGGCAAUGGUGGCAAGGAAGAGAAAGAGGAGCAGCAGCCAGGGCUGCGCUGAUGGGCUCCCGUUACAUUUGGCCGUGCAUAAAUCUCAGGAUGAAGGGUCAUACAUUCAUAUAAUGAAGGUUAUUAGACUUUGACAGCAGUUUGUGGAAUGGCUAUUUUCAUUUACAUUGUUUUUUUCUGGAAAUAAAGCAGUUUUUUUUUUUUUUUAAUUUGCAUUCACGGAACACACCAUUACCUUUGUUCAAGUGGCAAAGCAGUAAGGAAAGUCUCCGUAGGGCUUUAAAGCAGAGUAAAAGUGCAAAAUGCUUUCGUUUCAUCCGGGCAGUGAACUAUUUCAUUCAAGUGUUCUGAUGCAUUUCAAUCCUAUGAGCCGCUAGCUGGAGUAGAGAGUGCUGAAACGCUGUUGCCUGCGGGUUACCAGCUUGAGCGUCUGGCCCUUCGACCAGAGGUAAAGUUGAAAUAAACAGCUGCGCCCAUCAUCCCCGACAGCUACUGUGCAUGCAGCUCUGGGUGAAGGUGCCACAGCCGUACAACCACCCCCAGUCCUGGUAUUUUUCUCCAGAUAAAAGUUUUAUUUGCAUAAACAAAUUUCACUGAAAAAGUCAGCGUACUUAAGUCACGAUACAAGACUUAAUUUCCUAGGCAGCAUUACCUCUAGCAAGUCACUCCACACCUACAAGUCCAAUGUUAGAGUAUAAAAACAACCCAUCCACACACCAACGUGUUUCGCAGGACAAAAUACAAGAUUUCUCUGGACAAUAAUGCCAAAAGCACAUUCUUAAAGCAUCCUAAUCUGUAUUACAGCAGCUUUGUGCUCAUUUGCACUAGUGAAAUGUUAGAACAAGUAAUAAAUGCUGUUUACAUUAAGGAAAAGCACGCACACACACACCAAAGUACUUCACACGAUGACAGUGCACAGCAGUUUGUUCCAGCAGUUAUUGCAUGUUUCCUUUCCUGUAAAUAUGUAAUGCAGCAACCUACAGUAUUCUAUAAAAAUGCAUAAGACCGUAUUUAAGCUUUGGUUCACAACAGCUUCCUUUACUACUGCACUUAACAUGAACGUUUUGUUCGAGGUAAAGAGUACCACCUUCAUUUGCGUAGAUUGCCUCUUUAAAAGUUGAUGUUCAAAUAUUCUCUUUCACUGUUUUAAUUCUGCACACAACUGUUAACAUAGAUGGCAUACAAAAACACAAAUGUAUACUGACAAAAACACUUAAGACAAAAUCAGCACAUGCUAAAGGCAGUUUUGCCAGAAUAUUAAAAUUACUGACAAUUUUUUUCUUCCUUUACUCCAGAGCAAGUGUAUCCUGCACAGGUGCUAUUUCAGCAGGCUCAAGUAAAAAGGGCUGUCCCACAACAUGGGGGACCUCGAUCUCACACACUUACACAAUACCAGCCCUCGGCGCGAUAAGGUAACUAAGGCAAUACAUGAUCACUUAUUGUUCUGUCCUGGGAAAAUGCAUCUUGAAAAGUUAAUUCCCAAAGAUGCAAUUAAACCACAGCUGCUAUACCUGUCGCAACCUGCCUUUAUCGUAGAUGUUUCUAUUAUGACUCACUGUUUAAAUGGGACCCAAAAAAUAAAAACCCAAAGCCAAGUGGUGCAUGGGCUGAAUCAACUCUCCCCCCACCUACAGUACCACGUCCAGCUCUUGCGCUUGUGGUCAAAGCAAGCCGUAAACGUUUGUAACGUAAAGAAAACACAGACUUAAGCUGCAGUCCCCUUUUUCCACAUCCCCAUAUAUUUCUGUAAACACUAGCAGCUAGAACACUAGAAACUAUAGAAGCAAAUUAGUAUUUUUGCAUUUAGAUUCACACUUUAGUUGUGCUGGAAACUUCUGUAUUUAAAAACGUUUGUUUUCUACUGGUAACGGCAGAGCUUUACUGAAAACUACAGCGGACCACUGAAGACAAACAGCAGUUUUCAUUUCAAACAUCCACAAUAGAAAGUAUAUACACAAUAUCAGUCAGUCAUCAAAAAUAUCCUGUGUACCAGUGGCUGCUGCGUGCACUCAAAGCUCGUUUCCAGAAACAUCCAUUUCAAGCGAAUGACUCUUCAAAUAAACAGUUGUAUGUGACCACUGCGUUGGUUGCUUUGUUUUUACUCUCUGUGAAACCAUGGAGGGGUGAGGGGGACCAGUCGCUGAAGUGGAGCACAAAGUAACCCUUAAGCACGUUCAUUUUAACACUCUGUGUGGUCAACGAACUCAAAAUGUAGAAAAUCUUGUCAAAUAUUCUAAAAUAUAAUAGCAAACUUUGUCAGACAUGGUGAGCAUCUCACAUAUUUAUGUUUAGAGGCCCAUGUGUAUGAGGAGUGAGAUCUGCCCUUCAAUAUUGCAUUUGUCAUGUCCUUAGCAUCUCCCUUGUUUGCAAAAAGAAAGGGAAAAAAAAAAAAAAAA